AUGUGAGAGCGUGAAUUCGUGGAUUCGACGAUGGGGCAGCUCAAUCCAAACAAGCAUUUGAAAGAAGAGUUUGUGAGCAACUUGCAAGGCUCUUCCAAGAUCGAGAUUGCGGCACUCUCGGCGCUCAUACCGGCCCUUGUUAUUCUCCGGAGCUUUGCAAUCUUGCCACAAAAGGGUUUUUGGACAUGCCUCGCUUUGGAUUUUACUUUCAUUGUUCUUCCUACCGUCUUGAGCCUCACGGUGUUUGCGGACAAAGUUUAUGGAAUCGCGCUUCUCGUUUCCAUUCUCUUGGGAAUGAGUAGUUUCCUGCCAUUUCUGGAGCGAGAAAAGCUAAAGUCCUCUUCUAUUCCAUUCAAAAGGCCGUUCCUGACAUACUAUAGAUUUAUUAUGAUACUGGUUACUUGCGUUACAAUCCUAGCUGUGGACUUCACUGCUUUUCCUCGCAGAUAUGCCAAGACCGAGACUUAUGGCACUGGCUUGAUGGAUCUAGGCGUUGGAUCGUUUGUUGCUGCGAAUGCUAUAGUCUCCAGACAAGCAAGAAGUCGAGAUCUUCUAAGGACUAGAACCGUGGACAUUCUUAAAAGCGUGAGUCCAUUGCUGGCUCUGGGUUUUGCGAGACUUAUAGCGACGAAAGGAGCAGAUUAUCAGGUUCACGUAGGGGAAUAUGGCGUCCACUGGAACUUUUUCUUCACUUUGGCGGCUGUUUCUCUUCUUACUUCAGUAAUUCGCAUGCCUGUUUCGUAUUGUGGAUAUCUUGGGCUUGGCAUACUGUCAGUGCAUCAGUUCACCCUUCGCUGCGGUUUAAAAGAUUACAUUCUUUCCCCGCACAGGAGUUCCGGACUUGUUGAUUUGAACAAAGAAGGCAUUUUCAGCAUCUUUGGAUACUGGAGCUUGUACCUCCUGUCUGUCCAUCUUGGACAACACAUAUUUUUCAAUCCGGGAGGCUUCUUGAAAUGGAUAGCUUCGUCCUCAAAUGAAAACAGCCGCUGGCUAAGCAUAGCGGAGCUUUGGCUUCUUGAUGGGGCUCUGUGGCUUUUGGUUGUGGUGCUUGACUCAAUCGUAGAGAACGUUUCACGCCGCACGUGUAACAUGGCGUACGUGAUGUUUGUCCUCGCCCAAAACUUAGAGGUUAUGGCCAUCUUUGCCUCGGCGGAAGCGUUUCUCUCAUCAAAACUCGUCCUUGUAGAGGCCGUCGACGACAAUAUGUUAUUGACAUUCUUAGUGGCAAACGUACUCACUGGUCUGGUGAACCUGUCCAUGGACACGAUAUUUGUUCUUCCAGGCCUUUCGGUUGUCAUCGUGGUUGGCUACAUGGCACUUCUUGUUGCCAUAGUCGCUAUGUUCAAAGUCUACAAAAUUCGAGCGAAGUUUUGGUAGUACCAGCAAAUUUCAAACGAUUAUCCGGUGGAGCAAGCAGGUUUCCUGCCGCACCACAGACUUUUGACACGCUCUGCAGCUUACAUGUAACCAAGUAAAGACAUCCAGGUUUCGGAAGAAGGCUCUCCAGGCGUGCUUCACAGCGCCAUCCGGCUCUUCCGAGCAGAUCAACCAUUUGCGUGAAGAACAUCAACCACGACAUGGCCGCUCUGGUUUGUGAUGCCAUUGCGAGAGAUCUGAGUGAUUCAUAUAGCAGUUAAAUUAAUGUUUUCUAGUUAACAGCGAUCGCUUGUACCAUCCAACAGAGUAGAACAGUCGAACUCGUC